CACUUCUGCGCGCAAUCGCGAGCUGAUCGUCCACCCCACACAUAACUGCAGAGAGUGUCCCCGUCUUCUCCUCCACGCUCUCGCUUCGCGCCCUUCUGCGCCUUCCUCCACCUGUGCUCAACUUGCGACACAAUGGCCGACGUGGAUCCCAAGAAGGCCUCACACGAGGUCUCCUCUCCGGAGGCCUCGGUCACAGAGCCUCACGGCGUGCUCGAGCUGCCCAACUCGUGGAAGUACAAGAAGAUUCUCGGCAGGUUUCCUUGGUAUGCCUCGCCGCCCGUGCAGCUGCUCAUCGUGUCCUUUGUGUGCUUCAUGUGCCCGGGCAUGUUCAACGCCAUCAACGGAAUGGGCGGCGGUGGCCAAAUGGACGCAACCGCCAACAACCACGCCAACACGGCCCUGUACUCGACCUUCUCCGUCGUGGGCUUCUUCGCCGGCACCUUCACCAACAAGCUCGGCAUCCGCACUGCUUUGUCCUUUGGUGGCAUUGGCUACUCCGUCUACGUAGCCUCAUUUUUGUGCUACAAUCACACCCACAAUCUCGGCUUCACCACUUUCGCUGGCGCCCUCCUCGGCGUGUGCGCAGGUCUUCUCUGGUGCGCCCAGGGUGCCAUUAUGAUGUCGUACCCCCCAGAGGACUCCAAGGGACGGUACAUCUCGUGGUUCUGGAUGAUCUUCAAUCUGGGUGCAGUUAUUGGUAGCUUGAUCCCGCUCGGCCAGAGCAUCAACACCACAGCAGCAAAGACUGUCAGCGAUGGUACUUACGUCGGUUUCUUGAUUCUCACGCUCAUCGGUGCUGCCCUUUCGUGGACCCUCGUUGACGCCAAGGACGUCAUUCGCAGCGAUGGCUCCAAGGUCAUCGUCAUGAAGCACCCUUCCUGGUCCUCGGAAAUCAUGGGUCUCUGGGAAACGUUCUUCACUGAUCCCUACAUUUUGGCUCUGUUCCCCAUGUUCUUGUCCUCCAACUGGUUCUACGCCUACCAUUUCACCGAGAUCAACGGCGCCUACUUCAACACGCGUACUCGAGCUCUCAACGGCGUGGUCUACUACUCUAUGCAAAUCGUUGGUGCCUACGUCUUCGGGUUUGCGCUUGACUUCAAGGGCGUGCGCCGCACAAUGCGUGCCAAGAUUGCGUGGGCUUCUUUGUUCGUCCUAAUCAUGAUCGUUUGGGGCUGCGGCUACAAGUUCCAGACCACCUACACCCGCGAAUGGGCCGAGGCUCUCGUACCCGGUACUGGCGUAAACGGUGUCGACCCAGUGCUGCUCAACGACAAGAAGGACUGGACCGACCCUGGCUUCGGAGGCCCCUUCGUCUUGUACAUGUUCUACGGAUUUUCCGACGCUGCAUGGCAGACGUGCGUUUACUGGUUCAUGGGUGCGCUGACCAACAACGGACGCAAGCUCGCCAACUUUGCUGGUUUUUACAAGGGCAUCCAAUCCGCCGGUGGAGCCAUCACGUGGGCGUUGGAUGACAGGAAGAUUUCCUACAUGAACAUGUUCGCCUCCAACUGGGGCCUCCUCGCAGGUAGUCUGCUGGUUGCCCUCCCGGUCAUUCUGUGGAAGGUCGAGGACACUGUUUCCUUGGAGAAGGACAUCAAGUUCACCGACGAGACGAUCGACGAGGUCGCUGCCAAGGCGCACGUGGUGCCGGCAGGCGAGGUGGUUACGGAGAAGGCCUAAAGAGGGGCUGAUUUGCGAACUUGUUUAUAAUGAUGAGUAGGCAGGCUGUUGAUACCACUUUCCUUGGGCAUUCUUGUACAUGAUUGGGCAGAGCUAUAUUUGCCUGCACGGUCGCGAGCGGCGCUUGCAUGAGGUCUCUGCACGAUAUCCCUUGCUUUCAAUCAAGGCAUUCGCCGGCGUUGGCACUGUUCUCGAUCGUUUGGCCGCAUCGAUGCUUCCUGAUUGCCUUGCUCGUGGUUCUGUUGAAGGUGAAGGUGUGGUGCUAUUUUGGUAAUGGUCUUUCCAGGGCCUCUAGCGAAAUGCGGAUGCUCGACUGCUCGCAUUAAGCAC